UACAAACUUACCUAUUGCACUUGUGAUUUGCAAUGGAAGUGAAUCAUCCUUAAUUUGGUCUCAAUAGGUUCCCAUUACUAAAUUAUAAUUACCUGUGUUAAGCAUUAUUUCCAUUUUUAUGAAACUAUUACUAUUGCAAUUGUGUAUUAAAUGCAAUUAAUAAUUGACCUAUAUUUAAGUCAGGGUUUGCGUAUUUAAGAAUGGGAAACCUAAUUUAUAAUAUCAUACCAAUCGGGACGCUGAAAAGGAGAGUGUGAUUUAAAUACGAAUAAAUAAUAUUGAAAAGAUGUUCAAAGUUAUCGUUAUUACGUCUAUCCUGUCCAUGGUAUAUGGAGCCCAGUACGCUUACUUUGAUAACAAUCUUGUGGAAUUCGAUGAUCCACCAGCACCAGCUAUUUCACUCCCUUACCCCUACAUAGAGCAUAAAGUGGUAAAGGUAGAGCCGCGACCUGCAGUGACCUAUGAUGUUGGAGUUCGCACUGCAGUUGUUUCGUCACCUCCUGCUGCUGUCACCAAAUUAGACUUGAUCCUGUUUCCGUUCAGGUUCAUCUGGUCUGUGGCUACGUGCGUCAUUGGAUUCAUAAAGAGGGCGAUUAUGUUCGUCAUCACUUCCAUCCCAGCGCUCAUCUUCGGAUCCAACCUUUCUGCCAUCUGUAAAUUUUUCAACAUCGAUCCAUUAUCUUACGUGAAUGAUGUAGUAUCACUUGUUAACCCUGAAAGGUUAAAGAGGGCGACUGAAUUUGUGGAGACCGCUAUUAACAAGUACAGAGAACUUCAAAAGGCUUAGAUUUUGAAUAGAUAUUUCAAUUGUGUGUAAGGAUCUAUUUAUUGUAAUUAUAGUGAGAAAUAAACAAUUA